AUGGUUAUAUCUACUGUGAAACAAUUGAUACAAGACAAAGAAGGUAUUCUUCCACAACAUUUAAUGUUUGCUGGUAAAUUACUAGAAGACAACAUAACUCUUCGAGAGUAUAAAAUACAGAAUGAAUGUACGAUCUUCUUGAUGGUAAGUUGUUGGAAUGGAAUAUGUCAUUUUACCAGGGGACGACAAGAUUUCCGUCUUUUGCCACCUACAGUAGUCCAAGCAAUACAAAAUCUUCUUACAUUCGAAUUCAAACAUGUGAAUAAUCCUGAAAGUUUAUUACCAAAUGAACUACAAACUUAUGUUCUACAAGCACAAGUUCUACUUUCAAAAUUAUUCCAUGAAAUUAAAGAUUUUCGGAUAUCCAAUGAGGUUCCAAAUUUAAAAAACAUUAUAUUAUCGACUCCUGCUAGUACUGAAGAUGAAAAUAAUGGUGAAGAAGAUGAUAUCUCAAAUGAGAUAUUUCGUAGUGCUCAUCAAUUAUAUUCAAAUAAUAAUGAAUUUCAUAAUUUAUCAUUUUAUGUUCGAUAUAAUCGUGCAAAACAAGGAAAUCUUAAGAUAGAAGAUCUAGCAGUCGAUAUUUAA